CGUUGCCUCAGCAACAGCCAAGCGCUGCGGUCCCCAGGAAGUGGGGCUCAGAAGCGGGUGCGAGUAGUGGGUGAAGUCUCCCGUGCCCGAUGCUGAAGGGCGACGCCGGGAAGUUUAGGAUUAUUUUUUUCUGGAUUUGCUCCAGUGUAUACAAUGUCUUCGCUAUCGUCUACAGUAGCAUCAUCUGUACCAUCUUCUAUCAUACUCAGCGCUAGAAGAACAGAAUCCCAUGAUAUCCCUAAUAUUGUUGGUCACAUGAAGUAUGAUACUGAAAGACUGUUUGGGAGAAUCAAUGUUAUUUAUCUUUUAGAAAAAGCAAAUCUUGCAAUAACUAUAAUUAAUCAAAGUAAUGUACCUGUUGCCCAUGCUGCAUUUGUGGACUAUCCAAACUGGGAUAUUGUUGAUCAGGCACAUUGGGAAAUGUACAUAGAACAAAGCUACAUUCAGACCAAGUGUACACCUUUAAAUACACUGUUCAUGCAUCUGUUUGUGACAACUGAUGAAUAUGCAACUGAUUGUUGCCAUGAAAUUAUGAAGACUGUCUUUAAAACUGUACCAGAGCUGCAUUUUAUACUUCUUUUUGUACCAACUCAAGAGGAAUUAAGUACAGACUUAUCAGCUGCUUUUGUACCAAUGAAGAGUGUACCAGGUUCGAUUCUAAAUAUAGACUAUAUGCUAUAUGUGUCACAUAGGCACCAAUAUUGUCCCCAGCUACAUGUCCGUUAUGCCAGGGUAGAGGACCACGAUGAUCUCACACCUCUCUUUGCAUGCCACAAUGAUAUGCUGAGGGAAACCUAUGGAGAGUAUUUCCUUGCUGAACUAAUAGAAGCACAAGAUGAAGACAAUCUUGCUGUGGUUUGUGAGGAUGAUGGUGUAGCAGUGGGCUUCAUGAGUGUAUGUUCUGAAGUGAAUAUACAGUUGCUUCAUGAAUGCUUUGACCUGGGCCCCUUCCACGGACUGUGUAAGCCACAUCCAGAUGACAUUCUUAAACCUCCACAAGUGUCAAAUGAUGCAGGUGAAGAAUCCACCACCAGCUUCACAGAUCAAAAGGAAGAAGGUUCUGACAGCCAGGAUGCAGAUAUGCAGGGAGUUAACAAAAUUGGAAGCAACAUUUCUGAAGCUUCAGUUGUGUCUCCAAAAGAAAGCAUUAAACAUGAAAUAUCUGAGAAAGAGGGAUUGAUUGCUCAGUCUUCAUUAGAACUGCCAUUAGACAAAAGCAAAGAUUUGAAAACCACUGAGACACCAUCCACUGUUGGGCUUGAGAGAGAAGCUUUCCAUCCUGUGUACAGAGGAGCAGUAAAUGCUUUUUGUAUUCAGCUCUUUUGUAUUGAUGAGAAACAUGAAACUAGGUCAUUGGAUUUCUUGAAUUUUGUAUUCAACCUUUUCCCUGACAGAGACUUCUGCAUUAUCUCAGUGCCACAUUUGGUCCCUGAAUUUCAUCUGAUCCAGAAUUUUGUCCGGAUUAUUCCAUUUAGCAACUGUACACUAGAUCAUGAGCUCUACGUAUUUCACCGUUCAGGAUUGCUCAAAUCGUUUCUUGUAAGACCAGCAAAAUCGGAUGAUGUCCCUGCCAUUGAAGCACUAAUCAAAACCCUGGAAUUGAACAGAAGUAUGUUAGAUGAUUUAGAGAAGUACAUAUCAGCACGAAGAGAUUCAGACGGGACACCAGUACAGGCAUUUGUAGCAGAUGUUUUGAAUCAAGUAGUUGGAAUAUCAGUUAUAAGAAAUGAAAUGGAUAUUGAAUAUAUUCAAUCACACUACAACAUUGAAGACUUCAUUUAUUUCAGUCAUCACCAAUAUGAAGAACAUGGCCACCUUUACCAUUUUGCUCUGAAUCCAAUAUUCCAUCACUAUGCCAAACAUUUUAUGAAGGAAAUACUCCGGCUAGCCCACAAAUCUUGUCUUUACUAUCCUAUUUAUCCACAGCCUGAGGAAGGCAAGUUCCAGAAUCCUUGUGCCCAUUCGCUGACAUCUGCCCUUCAUUACAUGGUUCCCGUGCGACCAAGACGACAGAUUGUCUAUCCUCUGGAAAAACUUGGCAUAAAUGCUCCAUCAAAAGAGGUCUCUGAGGAUCAGUUAAAAUAUGCAUUGAACCACUUUAAUCGGAAGUUAUCCCUGGAACCAAAGGUAUCUAUCAACGCUAGAAUAGUAGUAGUUGGUGCAUCAAAUGUUGGAAUCUCCUUCCUGGAGACACUGAUUUUUUGUCCCCACCUGAAAUUCAACAACCUUACCUUGAUUUCAACGCAUGGACUUCCAGGAAAAGCUGUGUCAAACAAUCUACAUAGACGUUUUUUAAUAAACAGCCACUGUUUUAAUGAGGAUGAACAUGCAUUGAUGUCACUUGCUUCAUGGAUCAAUGUUGUCGUUGGAAAAGUGACUGGCAUAGACAGAUCUGCAAAGCAUGUCAUAGUUUCUAAGAGGAGAAAAGUGCUGUAUGACCAUCUCAUUCUCUGCACUGGUCAACAAUACCAGAUCCCAUGUCCUACUGGUUUAGAUAUCAAAAAGCUGUUCACUAACAGAGAGGUCCCAAAAGACUAUAAGCAAAAAUACACAGGAAUAGUGCCUUCCAAUCUUUUUGUUAUUUGUGAUGAUGAAGAUGCCUUAAUGGCAAUUAAGUGGUUAAAAGAAAAAAUCAUUAAUUCUUCAGAGAAUGUUAUUGUCUAUGGGAAUACAAUUGACACUUAUACCACGAUAGAAUCCCUCUUAUCAUUAGGAAUCACUGGCUCACGUAUAUACCUUGUUCAUCCUCCAUCACGCUCCAAUGUUACUUCCCUUAAUAAUAAUGCAAUAGAGAAGGCUGUCCAGAAAGCUUUGUCCAGGGCUGGUGUGACUGUACACCAUGAUAGUCUGCUGGCUCAGUGGAAUGAUGGCGGGCACCCAGACCCUAUCACCGUAGCAUCUUUCACUACUAACACAAAGCCAUUUAAAUUGCAAUGUGCUGCAUUUUUUAACUUCACCAACAAAAGUGUGGAUUAUGAUACCUUCAAGGCAGUUAAUGAUGCAUGUCUCGUUUUUGAUGGAAGACUUGUGAUUGAUGCCAACUUCCAUACCAAUGAUAUAUCCAUCAGAGCUGCAGGUCCCUUAACCAAGUUCUCCAAUAUAUAUUAUGCCAAUGAAUGGACACACAGUAAUUUCAGCUCAAAGGAGGUUGGAUUCCAGCUUGCUGCAACCAUGCUCAAUCUUUUUGAUCCAACUCUGGAGCCAGUAUUUGAACCUACAGAAGAUGUGGAUAGGCUCAUUCCAAUAUACAAGGGAUGCAAAGUUCAAGGUGGUAUUCUACCUGGAAGAUACAAUUAUGUGCACAUUUUUAAACCUGGAAUCCCUGCUCGCUUGGAUGUACAAGAAACACAACCUAAUUAUGGGAUGGCAAUUACAACAGGAGAUGCAGUAAAAGGGAAUUACUUCAGAAUACAUGUCAACCAGUACAGUAUGGUAGAAACCAUUACCUGCUUUUCAAAAGAGCCAGUUCCUGCCUCCAAUUACAUCUGUUUAUUUGGACAGCAUGAGCGUCUUCUUAACAAUCUUUGUUCUCGCUGGAGGGAGGGACUGAUCACGAAUCUCUAUAGCUACUUGAAGGAACCUUGGGCCUUGGCCAUCUAUCAUGAUCGCUUUAUCGAUCUACAGAAGGAACUGCGCCAGAUCCUAGUGUCUGCCCAGGAAGAAGAUGUUCCUCCAAUGCAAGAAAUUGUUCGCCAGGUAGUGGAGGGAGAACUUACUUUACACGAGAGACCAAAAAGCUACCUCAAAAGGGCCUUCAAGCAAACUGUCUACAAAGACCUGCUGGAGAAAAGCAUUCUCAAUUAUCUGAGCUAUAACAAUUAUCACCUGCCAAUGUUUGCCUGGCCAGGAAUAGUUUAGGUAGAGCUCACUAAAUAAAUAUGAAUCUUUUUUCCUCCUUGAAAACUAGACCAGAGUCUAAAUUAUUAAUUGCUGGUGGUAUGUCAUUUAGUUCCUUUUUUAAAAAUGGCAGUCCAAUGAAUGACGAAAUCUGUCUUAUUUAAAUACCCCAGCAGGUGGAGCAUAAUACUGACUUUGUAAUUCAGCAAGACAGAUUUGAAAGCCAUGCAGCUACACAAAUGCAGAGAACAAUUCUUACUGAGCACUAAGUGUUCUAAAAAGUGACUGCUAAAGAUGCACUUGUAAAAUGGUGGUGUAAACUUUAGUUAUUUGAUCUGACACCUUCAAAGUUCUGAUCUGAGACUUUUAUUUCAAUUCUGGUGACUAAGUUACUAUUAAAGCAAUUCCAUUUCA